GUAGAAGAGCCAAGGGGAAGUGUCAGGCAAGGACACUGGGACACGGGAUGAAAGGUGCUGAAUGCCCACAGGUCACGUCAAGGCUUUCUGGGAUGCCCUGAGGAUAAAUGGCAGCAGAAGCCAGGUAAGCGCAGUUCUAGGGCUGUGUGGGGUCCAGGUGAACAACGGGCUGGUGUAGGAUGGAGCAGAUGUUGGGUCUGGGGAAGGAGUGGGCCUCGUGAUUCUGUCAACCCAGCCCACUGAGCAGGAGACCCUGGGAAAGAUGCUGGGGUAGACGCAGUGCCAGCAGACCAGACCCACAUGGGCCUGUUUCACCAGUCCCCAGACUUUGGGAAGGUAGCAAACUAGGGGCUCCAGAACCACACUUCCUCAACCCACUGGGGGAGGGUGCAGCUUGUACAAACAAGGUGAGGAUGGCUGUGUCAGGACCUAGGGUGUCACAGGAGGCCACAGGCAGUUAACAGAGCCAGCCUGGUGCUAGGCACAGGGUGCCAAGUUGGCAGGCACCAGACAGAGAUAGGACCAAAAAGACGCCAGCAAAGAAGAAAAGGUAAGAAGCCAUUGACAGGGAGAGGAAAGGGGGACUUGGUGCGAUCACAACUCGAUGGCCUCCGGGUGUCCUCGUCCUCAUCCCUGGGACCUGGGACUAAGUGACUUCAUGUGCAGAAGGACUUUGCACACAGGCUGGAGCUGGGAGACCUGAGAGGGCAGAGGACCCUGGAGUACUCAGGUACCAUCCCUAAUGUCCUUCUAAGGGGAUGGGCAGCAGGGGUCAGAGGCAGAAGGAAGGUGAGGACAGAAGCAGAGGUUGGCUGGAUGCACUUUGAGGAUGCAGGAAUAGGUCACUGGCCAGGGUGUGCUGCAACCCGGAGAAGCUGGAAAGGCGGGAGUGGAAUGUGCACGAGGGGCUCACUAGGAACCAGGUGGCCCACACCUGGACUCUGGCCCUCCAGGUCUAUUAGUCACUCAGUGUCAGCCGCUGGGCUCCCAGGUGGUGCUGACUGGAUACUGUGUGCUGGGGAAUUCACAUCAGGGUCCUCCUGAGGACAGUGCUGUGCCUGUGCUGUCCUGUUGUUCCCUUCUUGGGCUCCCACAGUGAGUGCCUUUCCCCUGCCUUCCUCUCACUGUGCCACCACCCAGCCUGAGAAGGCGGCAGCAGGCCUCAUCUGCACAGUGGGUGCUGUCUGCUCCAGGCCGUGCAAUGAAUGCUAUGAGCUAUGGGGUCCCCAACAUCACCCUGGAUUUUGAGCUGGUGGGGGAAGCACCAAAGGACCCCAGCAGUCUCCAGGCCCUUGGGGAGCUCCAAGAGGGUAAAGUCCCACUUCUUAGGACCCUAUGCAGGGGCAGGUCUGAGACAGGCACUAAGAACAAGUGCAGCUCAGACACGGGGAGAUGGACAAGAUCUGGAACUGGAGCGCCAACACUUGUUAAGCAAUGUGCUUACUUUUCUGUAGGAACCUUAAGACGUGGAGGCUGGAAGCAAGCCCAUUUCCAGUGUCGGGGUAGAGCCAAGAGGCGGCGGAAAGGUGGAACAUUUAGAGGUUCAAGGAUUAACCAGAAAGAAGCAGAGGAGGGAUGGAAGCUUCUUUCUGUUUUGAAAAGACCCCAGAGCCAACAUCAAGAUAUCACCAGCUUCCGUCACCUGCUGUGUCCAGACCCUCACUGUACGGUGUGUAACAGAGUGGCUGCCAAAGUCAGUCGACUGCUGUCGCUGGGGAAACUGAUAGAUGAUACUUCCUCUGUGCAUUAUAUGGCUUCCUCAGCUUCUGUGAUUAAGACCUCAUUGACUGUGACAUCUGGCCACUCAAAAACUCAUCCAAGAGGCCAAAAGUCAGCCUCUUUGCAUGUGCCAUCUCCACCUCCCCCUUCUACUGUCUCACUUAACCAUGUUGCUUCUUUACCUGAUUUACUGUCCCCCGACCCACCAGCUGACUCAGUACCAUCAGAGCCUAUUCCUCCCUUGGCUUCAAAACUCCCAGUGGACCCUUUCCCACCCCAACCUGUUGCUCUUUGCCCUCCCACACUACAUCAAUCUCAGAGAUCAGAUCAUGAUCUGCAUCCAGAGAUUGCUCUGUCUGUAAUGAAUAGCCCUGAUGGGUUGUCAACUGAUAUUCCAACAGUCAGUGAAAUUGACCAUUCAAUGCCAGAAUCAUCCUGGCAGCAGGACGAGGUCAAGGAUGCCAAAGACUUGUCCUCUUCCAAUGUAGAACAAGAUAGUAUCAAGCAUGAGCUUGUUGAUGGCCAAUCUUCUGAGACCUCUUGCACAGAAUGUGCAUCCAACUUUGUAGAACCCACUAACUGCUUGUUACUCAGCCAUGACAAUCUGGCACUCUUGGAGAAACAAGUAAGAAAGAGGGGUGACUUCCUGAUCCAGAAAGAAAGGGAAAAUAAAAUGCAACCAUUUCUAAAACAACUUAGUUCAGACCACCAACUGAAUACUUCAGAGUCAAGUGCUGAUAGACAUGAGUCAGCAGUCAGUCCAGACCACCAACUGUAUAUAUCAGAGCCAAUGGUAGAGUCAGAUGCUGAUAAGCAUGACUCAGCAGUCUCUCUUUAUUUUGGAAACAGCAAAGGCAAACCAGAGGAGCUGCAGAUGAACCAGCAAUACUUUUGGGGUCUUCCGUCUUUGCACAGUGAGUCCUUGUGCUCAAUUAUCCGUCAUUCAGAUGACUGUCUCUCUACUUUGGUCAUCUUUAAUGGAAUCUCCAAAGCUUCCACAUCUCAAGGAUCUUUAGGACUUUCCAAUUUCCAACCUCUGAUCUUGCCUGAGAUCCAAACUCAAUCCUCAACUAAAACUGUCUCCCAAUCACAGUCACAACAUGCUACUCCUGCACAGUCUCAGUCCAACCUUCAAUCUCCAAUCUCAAUGUUACCAACAUCUCCCGAUUUCCAGCUUAGGAUCUGUGGAGUGUGCUUCCAUAGACCUCAUAAUGAGGCACAGUGUCUCAUGCAAUCUGACCUUCAUCAGCUAGAAUACAAUGUGCUACAGAAAAAACAGGAAUGUUUGUGGGGUUUACCCUCUGUGGUCAAAACAUCUCGGGAAUACCUUUGUCCUCCCCCUCCCAAUGUUUCAUUGGUGAGCCAGUCCUCCAAAAUCCAUGUUCCAAUCUCCAUCAUUCCUGGAGAUUACCCUCUGAGCAGUGAGCUUCGUAAGAAAUUUGAGUACCACCUUAGAAAGAGACUCAUUCAACACCGAUGGGGCCUACCCCGCAGGGUCAAUGAGUCUCUGACACUGAUUAAUCCUGAGAGAGAUGUUCCUAAAAUACAUGCAUCAAAGAGUCUUCACAGACUCAAAUGGAUAUCUUUGUUGAAGGAACAGAGUAGCAACAAUUUAAGGAAUUCUGAAUCGAGCCAACUUCCAAUCUCCGAUGAGACAAGCUCAGAAGAGUUUCAGUCAGAUAACGAAGAGAAGGACCAUCAGAGACACAGCCCAAAGAAUGGCCCUAGUGAUCAUCUAUUGAGUGACCCAGAAGGAUACUCAGAUAACAGUUUAGGGUCUGACUCUGAGAAAGAUCAAGGAAGUCAUACAGUGAGUCUGUAUGGCAAUGAUUCAAGGGCCUCAGGGAUAAGUAUAAAUCAGAAACAACUAGAAAAUGCACUCAAAGAACAUUUAAAUAAGAAAAGUGAAGAAAUAAAAGAGGGUAGACUUCCUGAGACUGUUCAUAGUUCAUGGCAUGCCCUUAAGCAGACAAUAUCUUUUGCUGAGAAAUCUCACAGUGAAAAACAGAUAGAUGGGGCAUCAUCUGUGAGAAACUUUAACUUGAACACUUCCCAGGAGAUUUAUUUCUUGGCUUCUGGCAAACUAAAGAUGCUGGAAGACCAUAUAAGCAGUUUCUACAUAAGGAUGAAGUAUGGCCUUCCCACCAGGGUCCUUGAAUCCAUACAGAUCUUCAGCAAGAGAGAGGACUCAUCUUCUUCCUUAGGCCAUUCCUGUUGUUCCUCCCAAGAUCGCCUUAGUUCUGGGAUGCAUUCCAAAGUUAUGGUAUCCAGGUCACUCGGUAGGAGCUCUACAGCUUUGUGUAGAGACAAAUUGAAGAUGAGAAAGUCAGCACCCAAUCUGGAUCAUCUCCUUCCUGCUGAAUCACCUGUUGGGAAGGGAGGACAGGGGGACCUGAGACCACUGUCCCCAAAGGGAAAACAGGAGCUUUAUGGCAGACAGAGUUGUCCGUGCAUCACAGACAAAAAAAUUAAGAAAGAGACUGGACCAGACAAUAGACACAGCCCAGUGCUGGUGUCCACAAGUCAUGAUGGGACUGGACCUGAGCCAAAGGAUAAGAGAGUGAGUUCCAGCAACAAAGAAAGGCUUCAGGCUCCCAAAGUAAAGACUUCAGAAUACUUCCCAAGGUUUAACAAGUCUAGAGAGAUAUUUAAGGCAAAGGAGCUCCUUGCUCUUCGAUCAAAAUCUGCCAAUGCUUUGACAACCAGCAAGUCAGGGGACUCUGCAGCAGUAGAUGAGAAAACAAAGAAAGAAAAAACUACCCUGGCUACUGAAAUUCCCUCACCAACAUCAGUUUCCCAGGAUCCUAAACUAUCAGACUUUAGAAAGCACUUGCUGAGUGAAUUAAAGUCGAAAUUGGAGAACAGGGAUCAUAGCCCUGUUCAAGGCCAGUUCACAGAUACGGCUGAUGCCUCAGAUAACUUGAUUUCCAAAACCUUGCUGACUAGUGCCCAGGGUGUCUGCAAUGGGAACAUGGCAGGUUCUCAGGUUAUGCAUGCACAUUUGGACAACACACCAGUCAGCAUGGAACAGCAUCAGGAGCCCUGGGUCCCUAAGCAUAUCUUGCAGAACUGCUGGGAUAAGAAUGUCCCUCCAAAUUCAAAGAGACUGCAUCAUUUGCGACCAAAAACAGGAGAGCUUGGUGAAGGGGAUGCAGGGUUGGGGACACCACAACCCAGUAGGAAGAGCUGCCCUGGUCAAGACAGGGCAUUAAAGAAGAUGCUUGGAAGCAUAUCUUCCCCGACCUCGUCACUGAAGGAUCAGCCUCCUCCUGAAAAUCUGUUCCAAAAACAGAUAAAAAAAUGUUUGCAAUGGAUUUGUCUUAGCAGCACAAACAAAGGGCAAGAAAGUUUCCUUGGAAAGGGGACUUCCCCACCAUCAUCUGUGCAGAGCCAAAGCAAAGUUAAUAGUAGAGCUGCCUCUACUGGCAACACCAAAACUCUGCAAGUGAAGACACACAUUGGCAAGGUGUUAGAUGUGAAACCAGGGAGUAGCCAUGGUGUCACAAUCACCUGCCCCCAAGAAUCACGUUUCUCUCCGACAAAGCCUGUGAAAACUCUUAAGGCACAAUUGCAGGCCCAGGCAGAUACUGUCCAGGGACAUCCUUUUAACUAUAAAGCUUCUUCCUGUAAUGUGAAAAGUACCAAGGCAUGUAGCCAAAAAGCACCCUUGGCUGACCAAAAUUACCCAUUGAAGAAUGUACUGACCACAGACAGGGUGAGACGGUCCCAGAAAGUCGUGGCAUUCAAGGAUCAGCCACUAUCGCAGAGGCAUCUGGCAUCCAUGCCCAACAAAGAGUUCCUGCCCCAUCCAAACCAUACCUGCAGGCGUCUAGCCAGCCAGGUGUCUCAAACCACACCUACAUUUUCUGAAGGCACUGUAUUGGGAGAUCUGUCUCUACUCUUCAAACAUAAAAUGCUCCUGCAGCAUUUCCAGGGAGGAAGAUUUCCUUUUCCCAAAUAGUUUAUCCCUUGUUGAACACACUGAUUUUCCACAAUAAAUAUUCUAAAGAU